UUUCCGCUUUUCCACUCAGUCGGCAGCAGGACAUCGAGCGGUGCAAGUCGGUGCGGUCGCACUUUUCCGAUAUCGGUUGCGAUUUUUCGUUGGAUGUGUCUCGUGUGCUGCUGCUGCUGCUGUCGUUGUUGUUGCUGCAGUGGCACGUGAAGUUGUGGACUCGCUUCAAGUUUCGAUUCGUCGUCGCCAGUGCGUCCUUGCCGCAUCCUUAGCCUUGCUCACGGUCAUCAUUCCCCCAUCAUCCUCACCCUACUCGCCCACCUGAAAGCCAAUUGAAUGCAGUGAAAGGGGGCGGGCGGAAUAAAAGCCUCUAUAUAUAACCCCAAGACAUUUGGAAUCCGUGCAUUAGCAUUAGCAUAAAGUGCCUGGAUAUUGACGCACAAUAGCCGGAAUAGAGACGAGAGAGAUGCCCUAAGCCCCGGAAAACAAGGCAACCAAGGCUGCACUGGUGCACAAAAGAAAAUGCAUUUAGUUUUCCAGUGAGCAGAGUGAGCGGCAGUGACCAGCGGAAGAUGAGCGAUCGGGGCAGCGGGGGAGCGGUGACGGGGGGGCGGCAUGCACGGGUAAGUCCAACGCCCGGUCGUGGCAGCAAGAUUGCGUAUACGCCGUGUCCGCGCUCCGAACCGCCGCAGGAUCUGGCACUCGCCGUUCCGCCGCCGCCGCGCAACUGCCUGGCCAUCCCGAUGUCCUCGCUGCAAACGGCCAACGGACCCGGCAACAAAGAACGAUGUAGCGCCCUGUCAGGCAUCCCGACCACCCCGCUGUCGAGCACCGCCCCCUCGCUGGCCCUGCCCGGCAAUCUGCCCUACGAGCUGGACAUUCCGCAGCCGCUGGUCGACCGCCGGCCAUCUGUAUCCUUGAUGCGCUGGAACAGCAGCGGACCGGGUACGGAGAGCAACAACAACAGCGCUAGUAACAGUUUGAUACGCCUGCAGCAGCAGCAGCAACUACAGCAGCACUUGCAGCAGCAAAUGCAGCAGCAACUGCAACAGCAGCAGCAGCAGCGGCAGCAACAUCUAUUGGCAACAGCAACAGCAACAACAUUGGGGUACGCUGAUGCAACGGUGGCCACGGCAACAACAACAUUGCUAGCGGCCGCAGCUGCAGCCACGCGGCAAGUGAACUUUGGUGGUGGCGCCAACUCGGGAGUCACACGAGCGGAACCCAUCUCACUGGCCACCCUGGAUCGCGACUGCUUCAUCAUUCCCGUGCACAGUGUGGAUCGAUUCCUGCCAGCUGGCAUUCCGCUGCCCGCCUUGAAUGCCGAGGGCAAGGCCACAAGUCCUCUGAGCGUGCUAGAAGUGUCCGAUCCCAAGUUGUGCAUCCUGGUGCAUUUGAUGAGUCCCCUGGAGGCCAUCGAUCCGGUGAUGGAGUCGCCACUCUCGCAUCCGCUGCUCAAGCAGCGCUCCAUAGCCGCCGAAUUGGUGACUGAGGUGCAGCAGGCCAACACGGCUGUCGGCGGAAUGCUGCUGGCCAAUAUGGAAAAGAACUCCGAGUUCCCCUUCAUCUCGUACUACCUGAUCAAUACGCUGCAAACGGAUCCAUCCAGUUUUUAUGCUGGCCUGCGCGUUUCCUCGCUGUCCAAGUUUGAGCCAAAGGCCCUCAAAUACACUGCCGCCCACACUUUGGAUCUGUACAGCGAGGUGGCCGCCAUUUGCCGCCCGCCGUUGGUUUUGCCCUCGAAUGAGGCCGGUAGCUUCAAGAAAUCGCAGACCGCGGCCACCGGCUACAUUAUUAGCGUGUUCAAGGUUUUCGAGGGCGACGAUGGCGAACGAUUUGAAAAGAAUUGGCUCUACUGGACAGGAGCCCGGAUGCUGUACAGAUACCUGCCACGUGCCGCGGGCCUGAGGCGCAUCGCCUUGCACAAGAGCACUUCGCAGAAGGGUGACAAGAUGUACCUCCUGGUCUGCGAGUGCGCCGACUUGCUCAAGGACAUCUCGCUGGCCGCCUUCCUGAUCCCGGCCCUGCGAGCCCGACUCUGCGGAUACACUGGACUCUAUCGACCAAUUCAGGCCUUCUAGUCGCCUACGAACUACAUACGUAUUUUUUCUAUCUCCUGUAUAUAGAAUGGAUCUAGAGCUAACACUAGGGCUAGGGCUAAACUAAUGCGAAAAACAAACACUGCAAUGUGAAAGAAACUGCACCUGUUACGUGAUUCUAAUUCGAUAUUUACUAGGCCUUAACAAAUUUUUGAACUCUCUCCAGUCAAACUCAGCUCUGAUAAAAGCGUAAAGGAGGGAUGUGGUAGGUGACCCCCGAUUAGGCAUCUAGCUUAAGUAGUAGACAAUAUUCUCAAGGUAACUCCAUAUCGUGUGCUAGAUUUUUUCUAUAAAUCAUAUAGAGGCAAGCCCAAUAAAUAGGACCAUAUCUAGUGUGAGUUGGUAGCGAAGAAAACUUCCAUUUUAGACACAACCAAUAGCGAUUCAGUGGGAACUAUAAAUGUAUACCUAUAUAUCAUAGAUGUAAACCCAGUAGUUAAUCACAACAAAUAUAAAAGCUGAAUUUUGCGCUGAAAUGUAGGCUAUAAAAUCUGCAAAACAAAAGUCAAUUCUUAGCAUAAAAGAAAACAAAUAGAUUGUCGAGCUGGGGGAAAGUAUGGAAUUAAAUGGUUUUCAUCAGAGAGGGAUGGGGGAUCUAGCUAACUUUGCCCAAAUCUAACAGAAAUCUGCCAAAGACAUAAGCAAAUCAAAUCUUAAUUUGAAUCAAACAAUUGUUUAAAAUAUAUAAUGUAAUAAAACUAAGCAAAUGAGUAAGCCAAAUAAGAUUUUCAAUCAAAAAAUUGACUAAUUAUUGCUUGGCUAUAGCUUGCCACUUACACUUUAGGAAAUAUACCGUACAGAAUAAUAUACAUUUAUAACAAUUGUAAAUAGUUUAAAGAACUUUUAAGGCACUUGCUCCGAACACACAAAACUGCCGGGUUCCUGGCUUGUAUUUGAGAAAUCUAUAAUUUUGCACAAUAACAACAGAAUCAAAAAGUGCUGUGAUAAUUAAACUAAAGCAGAGCAGACUCACAAAAUCAGUGUACAUGGAUUAACCCAGAUUAUCACCCAGUCAAAGACAAUAUCAUUUAAUGUCAUUAUUUGCCAUUGAAAAUCCACAUGUCUCUGGCUUCUAUUUUUUCCAAAUUUAAUUCAAUUAUUUAGAUAACCUAAAAAAACAAACAACUUUCAAUGCCUAUGCUAAGCCUAAAGCCUAAGGAAAUAUUAAUUACCAAAUGUUAGAAAUUUUUUGUCACAUCUUAAGCUGCAAGCUUGGUGCAAACAAACGUUUGGCGCGUUUAGCAUUAAUAAUAAAGCGUAAAAUUAAAAUACAGCAAA